ACUGUUGCCCCCUCCUGGGGGGGGGUUUGUCCCCGCACAGGGUCUGGCAGCGCUUAACCCAGGCUCCCACCCCCGAUUUUCCCUCUUCUGCCCCCUGCUCAGAGCCUAACUCCCCCCCUCCCCCCCGCUACGUUGACCCUUUUGAACCCCUCCCACGAGCCCGCAGCCCCGUCUGAGGGGAAGUCAGGGCAGAGGGAGAGAGGGCAACUGCAUCAGCGAAGGCCACUGCGCACGCUCCGCUCGGGUGAGCAUGCGCAGUGCGCCCACGGGCCGGGGGCGGGCGGUUGUUGGCCGCGAGGGGAGGCUGCAGCAUGAAGCAGAAGAGGAAAGGAGACCUCAGCCAUGCAGAGCUGAUGAUGAUGACAAUAGCUGAUGUCAUUAAACAGCUGAUUGAGGCUCAUGAGCAGGGAAGAGAUGUGAAUCUAAAUAAGGUGAAAACCAAGACGUCUGCUAAGCAUGGACUUUCCGCGCAGCCUCGUUUGGUUGACAUCAUCGCUGCUGUACCACCUCAGUAUCGCAAGGUGCUGGUACCCAAGCUGAAGGCAAAGCCUAUCCGAACUGCUAGUGGGAUUGCUGUUGUGGCUGUGAUGUGCAAACCACACAGGUGUCCACACAUUAACUUUACAGGAAACAUAUGUGUAUACUGCCCUGGUGGGCCUGAUUCUGAUUUUGAAUAUUCAACACAGUCUUACACUGGCUAUGAGCCAACAUCAAUGAGGGCAAUUCGUGCCAGAUAUGAUCCUUAUCUCCAGACAAGACAUCGAAUCGAACAGCUGAAACAGCUGGGCCACAGUGUGGAUAAGGUGGAAUUCAUUGUGAUGGGAGGAACAUUUAUGGCCCUUCCUGAAGACUACAGAGAUUAUUUCAUCCGAAACCUUCAUGAUGCUUUAUCUGGACACACUUCCAACAACGUAUCGGAGGCUGUCCGGUACUCAGAAAGAAGCCUUACAAAGUGUGUUGGGAUCACCAUAGAGACCAGACCUGAUUACUGCUUGAAGCGACACUUGAGUGACAUGUUGUCAUACGGCUGCACAAGGUUGGAGAUUGGAGUGCAAAGUGUCUAUGAGGACGUGGCCAGAGAUACCAACAGGGGACACACAGUGAAGGCUGUGUGUGAGUCAUUUCACGUAGCCAAAGAUGCAGGUUUUAAAGUGGUGGCACACAUGAUGCCUGAUUUGCCGAACAUGGGUCUUGAAAGAGAUAUUGACCAGUUUGUUGAGUUUUUUGAGAACCCUUCUUUUCGCCCUGAUGGCAUGAAACUAUACCCAACUCUAGUGAUCCGUGGUACUGGCCUGUACGAGCUCUGGAAGUCUGGAAGAUAUAAGAGUUAUUCUCCAAGCACUUUAGUGGAUUUGGUGGCUAGAAUUCUGGCUCUUGUACCACCAUGGACACGAGUGUACCGUGUUCAGAGGGAUAUCCCAAUGCCGCUGGUCAGCUCAGGAGUGGAGCAUGGUAACUUGAGAGAACUUGCCUUGGCCAGGAUGAAGGAUCUAGGGACACAGUGUCGUGAUGUGAGGACAAGAGAGGUUGGAAUACAAGAGAUUCAUCAUAAAGUGAGACCAUACCAGGUUGAGUUAGUUCGAAGAGACUAUGUGGCAAAUGGUGGCUGGGAGACCUUCCUAUCCUAUGAAGAUCCAGAACAGGAUAUUCUGGUUGGCCUUCUGCGUUUGCGAAAGUGUUCAGAGGAGUCAUUCAGACCUGAGUUGAAGGGAGGUGUUUCCAUCGUUAGAGAACUGCAUGUGUAUGGUAGUGUGGUUCCAGUGAGCAGUCGUGAUCCUUCCAAAUUUCAGCAUCAGGGAUUCGGUAUGUUGCUAAUGGAGGAAGCAGAAAGGAUAGCCAAAGAAGAGCAUGGGUCAUGGAAAAUUGCAGUCAUUUCAGGAGUUGGCACCAGGAAUUAUUAUAGGAAGAUUGGCUAUGAGCUGGAAGGGCCAUAUAUGGUGAAAAAGCUGGACUGAUGUCCUAAAAGAAGCACUGGAACCCUAUCUUCAUACCAGACGUGCUCCUGGGAGCAGGGCAGAGAUGAUGCUGAUUAACCUUGGCAAGAAAGCUCGGGGUGAAGGAGUGCAAGCUUAAAACAGAGGUCUGCUUAUUGCUAAGUAUUUGUUAUGCUGGAGUCCCCAGCCAUAAAUUGAAAUCUCUACUGGGAGGGGCCCGAUAUUAUUUUCCUGAGAGAUCAUCCAUUGUUCCUUGCAGUGGGGAUCUCAUGAGAGAGCCACACAUCUUAUUAGCUGACAUAAUACUGCUGGAGUUGGUGCAAUAGUGCAUUGAAACGAGAGAGUUGUGCUGUUGUGCUGUUUUGCUGAUUGAAGGUUCUCGUUUUAGGGGACCCAGUUGAACUUCUUGCUCACGUUCUAUCCGCAUUUCCAUUAUGAUGUCACUAGCAUCAUGUUUAAAACGUAGGCCUGGAAAACUUGCAGUCAGUUGAAACUGGGCUUGCAAGUUACAUGGGAAGCACAAAUAUUGUAUUAUUAUUUUAUGCGUCUAUUUUUAAAUUGGGCUGGUUAUCUUCUCUCCAUACCGAGUAACAAGAUUUAAUUAUUUUUGGGUAGGUGUGUGUGGUAGGGGCAGAGUGGUUUGCAAACACUUUGGAUAUUGUCAAGAUUUUGAGAUUCACAUUUUGACCAACUCUGCACUAGGGCAGAGUCUUAAUUUUGGAUCACUCUAGCAAUGAGAGAUUUUGAGAAAAGUCUUUUUAGAAGAGUCAGAAUAAGUGUCCAAUGUGAGACCAAGCUGCAAACCUCCAUGUGUAAAGGCGGUGUGUUCAGCUCAUUUACUCACUAUUGCCCAUUCCUCUAUAUUGGGGAAUCCUGGGGUACAGUAGGUUUGUAAGUGCUUUUUGUGCUGCAAUAUUUGAGCACUCAGAAGUAUAUUUUUUAAAAGCAUUAUGCUAGAUUUUAGCUGCUUGACUCAUUAAAGUCAAUGGGAGCCAAGCAGCAAAAAUUGAAUGGAAUGCAUUAGAAUGUGUGUCUGCAUGAUAAGAGAGAAGCAACUUGAAUUCUUUUUUAUAGUCUUUUGACCUGAAAUGGGGUUGAAAUAAAGGGAAGCCAUGUGAACCGAGUUCAGCAUUUUACACAUGCUACUCUUGUAAAUGAAUCCGCCACAAGUCUUCUGGAAACUUCACAUGUAAUAGCUGCUCAUAGGCACAUGUGAUUAACUUGAAGAGAGUUCCUGCAGUUGUGUUUCAAUGCUGUUCAUUAACUAUGACUGCCACUAGGAUCUGUUGCCGCUUCAGAACAUUGGCUUCUGGGGUCAUGGGCUAAGAGCUGCUCUGACGUCUACUGACGCACACCUAACCAAGGAAGGGGAGAAAUAUGGGCAGGCUGUAGACAUGCAUUCUUUCUGGAGAGAAUCUUGUAAUAGAAUUGUGUAAAGAAUAGCUGACAAUAAACUUUAUAUUAUUGAAGUGUGAA